AGUGCUAUCUAUCGAGGAAAGCUUGUGAUCAAUUUUUAUCAAUUUUCAUUUCGUACCAAUAGCCAUUGUUCAUCCUGCAAAAAUAUUUUCAAAGAUAGUUAAGCAUCUUGAAAAAAGAUUUCACCGAGACUUAUGAUAGAAAAAGGAAGAUGAAGGAAAGAAUGAAGUGUAUAGUGCGGGCCAUCAACCUAUCAGUUCCAAACAAGCCAAAGCAGAUACAGAAACUUGUCAGUGCAGAACUAGUGGAAUCGUGUCCCCAUUUUGAACAUGGAAGUUCUUCUUAUUGGACCCCGAAGCCAGUUAACAUUAAAAUUUGUACGAGAAAGGAUAUGGAAAGAAUAUGUCCACCAAAGAUAUGCGUGUGUCCAUCGAAACCAAAGCCCAGGACGAGAAAUCAAAUAUUUUUCCAAAUGGUAGGUUUUAUAUUGAAAAGUGCUAUCGUAAGCACUCUUUUCUAUUGGAUGUACACGGAUGGUACAUUGCCAUUUUUCCCAGACAUUGACAAAGUAAAUACACGUAGCAUUCUUCGUGGUUGCUGCUUUAUUCGCAUUAUUAUCAAUAUACCACGAUUAGAAAACGCAAGGUACUCGUUAGUUCAAAAAUAUAAUCGUGCGGUUUUUAGGAUCAUGAAUGUUCUCGUCGAAAUACCACAAAAAGCUCAUCGAAAGCUAUCGACUGUUCUCUUUAGGCAAGAAAAGACGAGUGAAGAAACGAUCGAGAAUGAUUAUACUGACAAGGGAUAA